ACAAAAAAGGAGAGCGAGCGAGACAGAGCCACCGCCACCCGCCUUUCUUGUGGCCCCGGGGUAGCGAAAGGCCGGAAAAAUUUUCCUCGACAGCGUCGGCCCCCCCGAUUGCGGGGCCAAAACCGGAAGCAAUAUUCUGGCACACAACACGCUCAGCAUGUACGGCGGAGGCGUCCUGUGCCCGUCGCCCUCGACCGCGACCGGGUUCUACAACCCGCGCGGCCAGGGCUCCGAGAUCGGGGCGCUCGAACUGGGCUUCCCGCGGGGGAUGGCCCUGGUGCCGCCACCUCCGCACCACGGCGCCUGGCGCAGUGAUCCGGCGACGCUCGGCGGAACCCACCUGCCGGUGUCGAGCGGUGCCGCCGCCGCAGCGGCCGCUGCCGCCGCCGCCGGAUCGGCCACCGGUGACGACAUUACCACCCUCGGCCCGUCCGUCAUGCAGACGUCCUCCUCAUCGUCCUCGUCCGGUGGGGCGACGGCCCAGGACAAGAAGGACUUCCUGUCUUCGGCGUCCAGCGGACCGGCCGGAAUCGGCCAGCACCCGGGUGGGUUGGGUGGUGUGGGCGCGAAUAGUGCGAUCGAGAAGAAGGAGUUCCUGUCGCUACAGCAGAGCACCACGCCCGGCUCGCAGAACAGCAUGGCCUCGCAGAACGGCAGCCAGCAGGACCUGAAGGCGCAGAACAUCGAGUGUGUGGUGUGCGGCGACAAGAGCUCCGGCAAGCACUACGGACAGUUCACCUGCGAAGGCUGCAAAUCGUUCUUCAAACGCUCGGUACGACGGAACCUCACCUACUCCUGCCGGGGCAACCGGAAUUGUCCCAUCGAUCAGCACCACCGGAAUCAGUGUCAGUUUUGCCGUCUACGAAAGUGCCUCAAGAUGGGAAUGCGACGUGAAGCGGUUCAGCGAGGACGGGUGCCACCGUCGCAACCUCCGGGCAUCCCGUACGGCCAGUACUCGAUACCGAACGGUGACGCCGUGGCCGGCUUCAAUGGCCACUCGUAUCUCAGUUCCUACAUCUCGCUGCUGCUGCGGGCGGAACCGUACCCGACGUCCCGGUACGGGCAGUGCAUGCAGACGAACAACAUCAUGGGCAUCGACAACAUCUGCGAGCUGGCCGCCCGGCUGCUGUUCUCGGCGGUCGAGUGGGCCCGCAACAUCCCCUUCUUCCCGGAUCUCCAGGUCACCGACCAGGUGGCCCUGCUGCGGCUCGUCUGGUCCGAGCUGUUCGUGCUGAACGCGUCCCAGUGCUCGAUGCCCCUGCACGUCGCCCCGCUCCUGGCCGCGGCCGGCCUCCACGCGUCCCCGAUGGCCGCGGACCGGGUGGUCGCGUUCAUGGACCACAUCCGGAUAUUCCAGGAGCAGGUGGAGAAGCUGAAGGCCCUGCACGUCGACUCGGCCGAGUACUCCUGCCUGAAGGCGAUCGUCCUCUUCACCACAGGUAAAUUGCUGGACAAUCUGUUCGGCGAUGUCCCCGCACUGCUUGCCAAAACCGCCACCCAGCUCCCCUCCCUCCAGUCCGAAUCCGAAGUCAUCCAUCUGGUGCAGGUGCACCAGUACCGCCGGGGUUCCGGCGCCGGUUCCGGGACGCUACCCACGGAACCUAGCCGAUCCCCGAACACCUCCUCCCACAACCACACCCUCAACUCGAGCUCCAGUGGCAACUCGUCGCUGGGCUCCUCCACGUCCAUGGUCUCGACGUCGGGUGUCGAAGGCACUGGCGCUGGCGGCGGCGCCCAUGGUGUCCCUUCGUCCAUUGCGUCACCCUCGGUGACGACGACGACGACGAUCCUGCCGCCGGCCGCAGCGACCGAAUCGACGACACCCUCGUCCUCCACCACCUCCCACCUCCAUAACAACAAUAAUGACCUGAAAAUGGUCAACCACAAUCUAACCCCGCACACGACAAUACACCCCGGCACCGGUUCCGGCCGCAGCGUAGCGUCACCCUCGCUGGUGGCCGCCGGUGUUGGGGCGCUGUUUGGCAGCAAUGCACAAUCGAAAACGCCACCGCUGCCGCUGUUCAGCUUCCACCAGAACACACCCAACCGGUCCUACCACGGAACGUUGGAUGACUUCGUGAACCUGAGCAGCAGCAGCCCGUACGGGGCGGCGGCGUUCGGGUCGCCCAGCUUCGGCACCGGCGGCAUCUUCAGCCCGUACAGUGCCGGAGGCGGUGGUGGUGGUAGCUCCGUCGGCGGCGGUGGGUCCAAGUACACGCCCGGUGUCGGUGGCACCGUCGCCGGCGCUGACUACAAGUUUUCGCCCUACAGCCCGUGGAGUAGUCGCCGGUAGGGCGCUAGGAGCAGCAGCAGCAGCCACAGAAGUAGUAGUAUUAGUAGUGGUACUAGUGGUUGAUGCUAUGGUCUUUCCACUGACCGGCGUGUCGGUCACUAGGAAACACCAUACCAUCGCGUAGCCUGUAAAGAGUAUGCCUAGGGUACACCUCUAGAACGCCUGCCUUAGUUGGAGGCUCUGAAGUAGCGAUAAGCGCCAUUGGGCUAGUUACCAAAAAACGAGGGGACGAGCUGCCAUAUGUAACUCUAGUAUUAGUCUGUAGCUAUUUAUUGUGGUGUCUAUUUAUCUAACCUAUGAAACUUAUUGAUUAAUCUUCCGUUGGACCCAAGAGUUGGUUAUGUAGCUUCCUAGCUCCGUGUACAUUCCCGUCCC